UAAAGAGUGCCUGUUUAGAGUGACCAUUAGGUCCCACGCACCAUCCCUCUCGCCCUUUUUUACCUUUUCGCCCGUUCUGUCGGAGCGUUGAUUUUGAAGCGAAGGAGAGAGCUAAGAACGUUCCUCUUUCUAUUCCGUGUUCCUUCCUGCUCCUUUGGGUUUCAUCCGCUCAUGGAACAGUUGCUCUUGAGCUAUCCAACAGAAAAGAACAUCGACAGCUUGCCAAUUCAAGUUCUGAACUUUCCGGACGAAAAAUGGAAGCAAGUUGGCAUGCAGCACACACGAUUGCAUGAGCCGAAGAGAAUGGUGACCAAGUGCUUCGGAAUCAUUGGAAUCAUUUUGUUCCAAUGUUGGAUCAUACCAGGCAUGACUGAGGAUUUGGGGGUGAUCAAUCUUGUAACUGAUACAGAGGCAUCGUGUCCCACCCCCAAUGUGACUUACAAUGGGAGUGUCUUGUCUGCGAACAUCCUCGAGGGUGUAGCCUCGUUCAAAGCCGUGGAAGACGUGGAGUUUGACGUUCAAAUUGGUCCCUUGGCCUCGGGACGACAAAAGUGCAAGUUGAGUUGUCGAAAUGGCAAAUGGGUCGGACCCCUGUGUCGGAAGGCCCGAGAGGACACCUACAAAUCUCUAUUGAGAAGCUGUGAGCUGAAUAUUCAUCCACCCAAACAGAUCUUAACAUAUCAAUACCAAGAGCUCCAAUUGUCGGAGAGUACCUUGUUCCCACAUGGAGCGGAAAUACAGAUCCGGUGCAAUAGCUCCAAACCCGGAUUGUUUGCCCAGGAGGGAAAUUCAACACUCACUUGCCAAAACGGCCAAUGGGAUUCUCGGCUUCCCUAUUGCCGGGAAACGUCUGGUAUCGAACAUUUUGAUGGCGAUCUUCCCCCUCAAAUUUCCGUGGUGAAUGCUGGAGGCCACAUUCAAGAAGGCCCAGGUGGCGAGCUGAUUGUUUACCCAGGAUCAAUUAUCCAUUUGGAUUGCAUCUUUAACAGGAAACUGGGCAAUCCAGCAUGGAGUUGGUCCACCUCAGGAAAAGUUUAUCCGACAGGUUGGGUCGUUUCAGGUUUGGAACGGAACUGGCAUUUUCGUAUGAGCAUUUACUAUGCCAAGUUAAGCGAGGAUUCCAAUGUCUUCACGUGCUCCUCGCCCAGAGGUCACAAGAACUCGAUCACCGUACAAAUAUCAGAUGUUGAGUGCCCCGAGUUCCAUAUUGAAGACGUGGAACUGGAAAGCCGAUUGGAGAGCCGCAAGAUUGGGUCCAUAGCCACUUUUUCAUGUCCCCUUGGAUUCGUGCUUCAAGGGCCGGACAAGAUUGCGUGUCAAAAGAAUGCGAGCUUGUCGAUUCCCGGGGGAUCCUGUCCAUGGUCGAAUAACGCCGGUCAAAUUUCUCUACGAGAUCGGGGACAAAAUUUUGGUUCAAUGCCAUUCCGGAUUCCUCAACACGGGCAAACAGAAGCUGCAAUGUCUAGAAAGCGGGGGAUGGUCGGAUCGAGUGCCCAAAUGCCACAACUACAUGGGCUCAACACGUUGAUUGGUCCGGACUAUCAUUCAAUUGUAAUUCCAAUUCAUGAUUGAUCGUGGUCAAAAUUAAUAAAAAGAUCAUCAUCGACGUCA